GCCCUUAUAUAGCACGUUUGACUUCUAGACAAAGAAUCUAAAUACAGCAUAAUUGCCGAUCCACAUAUAGGUAAACUAAAUGUGCUGCAAACUCACGGCUCACGACACUACUUAUCAUUUGCAACACAGAAAAUCCCUGACUUUGUACUUAAAGUUCAGCAUACAUAUUCUAUCACUGUUCGGUACAUUUGCUGCGUUGGCGUGCGUGUCCGCUCUUCCUAGCAACCUUGCAUAUCGUUAGGAGAAUAUAGGCUUACCUAGAGGUGUAUACACCUGUACGGGCGAAAG